AAUCAUCAAGUGUUAAUGAACCCAAAAGUCCAUUCAAAAUUUUUUAUUAACAAAAUACGAAAAUAAACAAAGUGAUUAACACCAAACGUACUCAGAUGAAUUGAUUUUUAAGGUUAACUUUGUUGUUCUUGUUGCUUUCUAAUUUGUUUUUUUCCUUUUUUUAUGUAAAAAAAAGUUCACAAAAAAUAAAAAAGAUGGCCUAGAACAAUACGCUUUGUAGCGGCAAAAAACAAGUCCGAUUCUUUUGGCGAUAUUUGGUGCAAAAGAAUCGUGAAUCGAUUCAUCGGCUCUAAAAAGAAUCGGAUACUCGUACUCGAUAUGAAUCGAUUCACUACUCGAGUACUUAAAAAAUCGCCGAGAAUCGAAGAUCCCUAGUUGGGUUUGGUUGGGUUAGUGACGUUAGUGUCGUCUAUGCAGGCAUAUAUGUAUACCUAUGCAUUUUCCAAAAAAAUUUUGGCCAGAAUCGUUACUUUAAUAAUUAUAUCGCUCUAAAAGUCAAAUUUCUAUGAUAAACCUGUUUCCUCUCAUCUUUUUCAUUGUGCUCUACGAUAUAGCUGUUAACGAUGGCUCCAAGUCUACUCGAUGUUGUGUAUAGAAGACUUAUAUUAACAAAAUUUUUCACCAAGGGUUGGGGAACGCCAGAAAAUUUACGAAGUUUUCUAACCAUUUGUUUCAGAAUUUUCGAGUUCAAAAAAGUAGUCGCUAAUCGGAAUGCAUGCUACAAUCUCAUCCCUCGUGAUUAUCCUAUCACAAUAACAAAGGAUGAAGAGUGGUCGGAUUGUCAUAUUAUUGAAGGUUGUUUCGAAACACCUUUCGAACGUCAUUUACCAAAUAUCAUGCCUGAACAGACAAAAACAUCUUAUUUUCAACUUAUUUUACCGCGAAGAUGGACAUCACAUAAAGCUCAACCAGUUUGUUUGCAUUUAGCCGGAACAGGAGAUCAUUAUUUUUGGCGUAGAAGAAAUUUAAUUGCCAAACCAUUGCUUAAGGAGACUGGAAUAGGUUCUCUGCUUAUGGAAAAUCCUUUUUAUGGAGUUCGUAAGCCGCCAGAUCAAAUACGUUCCAACUUACAUAAUGUAUCAGAUAUUUUUAUUAUGGGUGGUUGUUUGAUAAUGGAAUCAAUUGUAAUGCUCAAUUGGUGCGAAAAACAAGGCUUUGGACCUCUUGGUUUAACUGGGCUAUCAAUGGGUGGUCAUAUGGCUUCUUUAGCUGCAACAAGUUGGCCAAAACCAAUUCCGUUAGUUCCUUGUUUGUCUUGGUCUACUGCUUCACCUGUUUUUACUCAAGGAGUUAUGUCUGAAUCGAUUGAUUGGUCGCUUUUGCAGUCACAGUAUUUCUCGGAUACAAUGUAUCACAAUGAUCUUUCUAAAAUGGUGAACAUUGAUGAUCAAGAUGACGGUUUCUUAACUGAAAGUCAUUUUGCUCAACAUUUCCCAGUCGGCAUCAGCCGAAUACACGAUUUGAAGAAUCGAAAUGAAACCUUUAUGGAAAAUAAAGAAAUAUACCAGAAUAAUUUUGAUAUAACAGAACAGUUAGCAGCUGAAGAAGAAGCUGCCCGAAUGUUUCCAUUAAAUCUACUUGCUAGUCAGUUUAAAUCUGAUAAACUCAAACGUAUGAAAGAGCUGUAUGAGCUGAUCAAGUGCAAGGUUCCCUCAGCUUUAAGGAGGUUAUGCACGAAUUCAUUGCGGGUGUUGCGGGGCGCUUCUUACGUCACAGGCAAAACUGAAAUUGGGCUACAAUGUAAAAAAAUGAAGGAAGUUCGUAUAUUACCUUCGACGAAUGUUGAGCAACGUGACCUCGAACGACGACAACAAGAAGCUCUUAAGUUCAUGCGUGGUAUCAUGGAUUCAUGUACGCAUCUUAAAAACUUUGAAAUACCAGUCGAUACCAAUUUGGUAAUCGCUAUUUGUGCCAAAGAUGAUGCUUAUGUGCCACGGGAUAAUUGCACAAGUCUAGAAAAAAUAUGGCCAGGCGUUGAAAUUCGAUACAUUGAUGCUGGUCACGUGAGUGCUUAUCUGCUCCAUCAAAAGCUCUACAGUGGAAAACGACCAGCACAUAAACCGCCGUCACACACAGAAACAGAUGACCGGUAUAACAAUAACAACAGAGGUGGGGGAACGAAUGGACAGAGAAGAUGGACCCCGCACAACAACAAUAACAAAGGUUUUGACAGAAAGUCAAGCAAUACAAUACGCUGUGCAAGGUGCAAUGGUUACAAUCACCAUGCAAAAGAUUGCUAUUCAAAAAAUAUUUACAAACAUGCAAAUUAUGCGGAAGAAGAAGAAGAAGAAGAUGAAUACGGAGAAAAUAUUGAACUCGCUGCAAGUGCUCAAACAAAUGAAGAAAUCGCAUUAAUGAAUUAUGUAAACAAUGCUAACAAAUCAAACGAUAAAAAUCUAUGGUGCUUAGAUAGUGGCAGUACAUCACAUAUCACUGCAAACAAUAAGCUAUUUAAACAAAUUGAAAAAGCAAAUUUAAAAUUAAGCCUUGCCAAUAAUGAUUCAACACAAAUAAGUGGUGUUGGUGAAAUUAAAAUAAAUAUUAAUGAUGGUAAUAAACAAAAGACAGUGAAAUUCGAUCGUGUUUUAUAUGUGAAUGAUUUAAGAACUAAUUUACUGUCAGUGUUAAAAAUGACAGAUAAAAAUUAUAAAAUCCUCUUUGAAAAAGAAAAAGCGACAAUAUCUGACAUAAAUGAUAAUGUACUGAUAACAGCAAAGCGAAUUGGCAAUCUAUACUAUAUCCAAGAGAGCCAAAACGCUGCAAAUCUUGCCGAAUUUAAUUCCAAAAAUGACUUUGAAAAAUGGCAUCAACGUCUAGGCCAUGUCAACGAAAAAGAUAUAAAGCUCAUGUGUAAACAAGGAAUACUAAAUAUACCAAAAUCAACUCAAGAAAUUAAAAACUGUGAAGUUUGUGCUCAAGAAAAAGUUGUUAAUCAACCAUUUCCAAAAUCCAAUGACGGGAGAACAACAGAUUGACUAGAAAUAGUCUACAGUGACGUAAGCGAUCCAUUUCGACGCCCUUCUCACAGUGGACACAGAUUCUUCAUCACCUUCAUAGAUGACUACUCAAGAUGGGGUGAAGUAUACUUUUUAAAACAUAAAAAUGAAGCGUUAGAAAAAUUUAAAAUAUAUAAGUCUAUGGUUGAAAAUUUUACUGGCAAGAAAAUUAAAAUGUUACAGACAGAUAAUGGUCGAGAAUACUGCAAUUCAAACUUUGAUAAAUUCCUAAAAGAAAAUGGAAUUAAGAGGAUGUUAACUGUACCAUAUACACCACAACAAAAUGGCGUAGAUGAAAGAAAAAAUAGAACCCUGGAUGAAAUGGCAAAGUGCAUGAUGCGACAUGCUGAAAUACCAGGUAUAUUUUGGGCUGGAGCAAUCAAUACAGCCAAUUAUAUUCGUAACAGAUGUCCAACAAAACCUUUAAAUGGCAAAACGCCUCAUGAGCUGUGGACAAAUAAAAUUCCAAACGUUGACCAUUUUCAAAUUUUUGGGACAACAGUAUAUGCCUUAGAUAACAAAAUAAACAAAGGCAAAUUUGAUUCACGAGCACACAAAUGUGUAUUUGUUGGAUAUUCAGAUACAUCAAAAGCAUACAGAGUCUGGAAUCCAGAAACUCGAAAAAUAAUAAUAUGCCGCAGUGCAAAAUUCAUGAAUGAUAAGUAUUAUAAUAAUAUGUAUGAAGAAAUUCUAGGUGAAGGUGGGGACAUGGUGAACCAAAAUCCACCAUCGAAUUCCCUCAAAAUAAUUAAUAAUGAACCAUCAAUUAAUAAUGAAUAUGUUUCAGACAAUGAAUCCAUUGAUGAUUUCCAACUAGCUCCAGAAACACCUAUUAGAGAAAAUCUACCAGAUAGACCAAAUAAUACAUCAAUAAGAGGUCGUGGUAGACCAACUAUAUUGAGAACAGGUGGUAAAGGUAGACCUAGAAAAAUAUAUCAACAAAUAAGAAACAAUACAAUAGAAAUUGUAGAUGGCUCUGAAGAUGAGCUACCAAAUGAACUAGCAGCUGAUAAAAUUGCAAACCUAACUGAAGACCCAAUUACAAUUCAAGAUGCCAAAAA